GGGAAUCUUGAGCUGUUUGGAAACCAUUCUUUUCUUUUUCGUUUCUGAAGGAACACAGAACAUGUUUAAACUUCUGUUUUUGAUGAUGGCUCUCGAUAUUGGGGGCCGGUUGGUUUCAGGUCAGUUGUCAGCAUCCAAAGAAGGGCAAAUUGUCAGUCAGAUAAAGGAGACCAAUCAAGCUCUGUCUGAAAUCAAAGAACUCUUAAAGCAACAGAUAAAGGAGAUUGUUUUUCUGAAGAACACGGUCAUGGAGUGUGAAGCAUGCGGGAUUCACAAUGACCGGGUCGACCCCCCAAAGCCCGCCCCCCGACAGACCUGUGUGCCGAGCCCGUGCCACCCCGGCGUGCCGUGCAUGGAGACGGCUGCAGGGAUUAAGUGUGCCGCCUGUCCCAACGGCAUGCUGGGAAACGGAACACACUGCACUGAUAUUGAUGAGUGCACUAUGAGCCCCUGCCACCCCGCCGUGCGCUGCAUGAACACAGCUCCCGGAUUCCGCUGUGGCCCUUGUCCUGCUGGAUACUCGGGGCCCACCUUGGAGGGAGUCGGCCUGUCCUUCGCAAGAGCAAACAAGCAGGUUUGCAGUGAUGUGAAUGAAUGUGAGGAUGGUCGCAAUGGGGGCUGUGUUGCCAACUCUAUCUGCUCCAACACACAGGGAUCCUUCAGGUGCGGCCCCUGCAAAUCUGGCUAUAUCGGAGACCAGAGGCAAGGCUGUCGGGCAAAGCAGGGCUGUGUGAAUGGACAGCCCAGCCCUUGCCACAGGAACGCACAGUGCAUCCCUCAGAGAGACGGAGCAGUCACCUGCACUUGUGGUGUUGGAUGGGCAGGGAAUGGCUUCAUGUGUGGAGAAGACACUGAUAUUGAUGGAUUCCCUGAUGAGAAGCUGCCAUGUCCAGAGACACCCUGUCAGAAGGAUAACUGCCUGACCGUGCCGAACUCAGGCCAGGAGGAUGCAGACAGUGAUGGGAUUGGAGAUGCCUGUGAUGAGGACGCUGAUGGAGACGGGAUAUUGAACAUGGAGGAUAACUGUGUGCUGGUGCCCAAUGUGAACCAGAGGAACGUGGAUCAGGACGCCUUCGGGGACGCCUGUGAUAACUGCCGACUCAUUAACAACAACGACCAGCGAGAUACUGACGGGGACAGCAAGGGGGACGCCUGCGAUGAUGACAUAGACGGAGAUGGAAUCCGGAACGCUCUUGAUAACUGUGAGAAGGUUCUGAACACGGAUCAGCGGGACAGAGACGGGGAUGGGGUUGGGGACGCCUGUGACAGCUGUCCUGACGACCGGAAUCCAGACCAGCUGGACAUGGACAAUGAUCUUGUUGGAGACUCAUGUGACACGAAUAAGGACAGCGAUGGGGAUGGGCACCAGGACUCUCGGGAUAAUUGCCCCACCGUCAUCAACAGCUCCCAGCUGGACACCGACCGGGACGGGCUGGGAGAUGAGUGUGACGAUGAUGAUGAUGGAGACGGAAUCCCAGAUGAGCUUCCUCCUGGACCUGACAACUGCAGACUCAUUCCGAAUCCCAGGCAGGAGGAUUCCGACGGGGACGGUGUUGGUAACAUAUGCGAGCAUGACUUUGACAAUGACACAGUUAUAGACACCAUUGACGUGUGUCCAGAGAACGCCGAGAUCACACUGACUGACUUCCGAGCCUAUCAGACUGUGGUUCUUGACCCUGAAGGAGACGCCCAGAUUGAUCCCUACUGGGUGGUCCUCAAUCAGGGUAGAGAAAUUGUUCAGACCAUGAACAGUGACCCUGGACUGGCAGUUGGUAAGCAGUCUAACCUUUUUUCCUUUUAAAUGCUACAGAGUGAAAAAUGUAGUUUUACCAGAUUUCAUUUUGGAAUCUUGCAGAAGAA